CAUGUAAAUAACACUAAACGAAACAGUAUUUCAUCAUGGAUUCUUUGAUUCAGCCUCGAAUAUGAAUAGAUUGUUUCAACCACCCGUAGCCGACCAGUCAAGCGCUAUUGCCUGAAAUAUCGCAGUAGUAUGAAGGAUACCAGUAAACACCAAGGUGCUUUUCAGUGAUUUGAUGACCAUGAGACGCAGCCCAAGGAGACCGCUGAUCCUCAAAAGAAGAAAGUUGCCUUUUCAGCAAAAUGAUCCCACAGCAGCUGAAUCGCAAAGCCAGUUUGGUGCAUCCAGCUCCAAAGAACCUUCAAAAUCAGCUGCGAGUCAGUGCUUCCCUGAUGGGAUCCGCAUAAUGAAUCACCCCUCCAUGUCUCACACUCAGGUUGUUGUCAUUCCUAAAACAGCAGACCUUCAAAGUGUCAUUGGGGCCCUCACUGCCAAAGGCAAAGAGUGUGGUGUCCAGGGACCAAACAAGUUCAUCCUUCUGAGUGAGAAUGGUAGCAGCGACAAUGGAUCUUUUUGUCAGACUGCUGCUGAAGGGGAUGACAUCUCUACAUGUUGUACAGAUGGACAGCCAGAGAAAACAGAAGCCAUGCACAACUCCCCUGAUGUUAAACAUCUCACUGGAAUUAAACCACUGAACAAGGAUCUGGAGUGUGGUCCUUUAGAUGACAGCCUCACCAACAUUCAGUGGCUGGGUAGAAUGAGCACAUGUGCCUUCGAAGCAGAUCCUACCAAGCAGAUGACCAACAAGGAGAACCAAAACCCAAAUCCACAGUUGUUCCAGGCACACAAUACACAAAUCAGUGCAGAAGCUGUUCAACAACCCAUGUCAGAGAGGCCACCAUACUCCUACAUGGCCAUGAUCCAGUUUGCUAUCAACAGUAGGAAGAACAGAAGGAUGACCCUGAAAGAGAUAUACAUGUGGAUUGAGGACCAUUUCCCUUACUUCAGAGAGGUUGCCAAACCAGGAUGGAAGAAUUCCAUCCGCCAUAACCUCUCUCUUCACGACAUGUUCAUUCGCGAGACGUCACCAGAUGGUAAAAUCUCUUUCUGGACCAUCCGGCCUGAGGCAAAUCGAUGCCUCACUCUUGAUCAGGUGUACAAGCCUGGUUGUGACCCAAUGACUGCUCCUGUCCCGGUGCCAAUGCUUUUAUUACCCCACCAACAACAAAAGAGGAUGCUUCCUGAUGCAAGAAAGACACCAGCUGGCUCUGAGAGAAGGAUGAAGCCUCUUCUCCCUCGAACCGAUUCUUACUUGGUCCCGAUCCAGCUCCCUGUCAGCUCCUCUGUUUACCUGCCGUCCUCGUCGGCCCCAUUUCCCCCCUCUUGCCCACAACAGAAACGGAACAUGUCACGUGGAGCCAAGAGAGUGCGGAUAGCUCCUAAGGUGACCCAAAGCGAUGCCCCAGCUGUGGUAGUGUGUCCACAGAAGGACAAAGACCAGAAGGAAGAGAUGAAGGAGGAGCCAGCAUGUGUGCCAAUAAAAUGCGAGACUCCUAAAGCCCUUCCAAAGAGACAGGCCAGCAGCUCUAGACGUAAACAACGCCUGGUUCACUCUCAGCAUGAGGAGCCCGUCCUCCUCUGUCCUGACAAUACUUUCUUUGACUCUGGCGUAGCCUCUGACGCUUCGACUUUCCACGACAUGCAAGAUACUGAGCUGGAUGAUCACCAGCAUGAGCAGCACAGCCCGGACCGGGAGUUUUCCUUCAAGACUCCCAUAAAGAGCAGCAGCCAUCUGACCUCCUCCACCCCCAGCAAGCCCCCAUCUAGUGUCUUACCCGAGCCCUGGAAAGUGACCCCUGUGGGAAAAGGGAGCCAAAACGUUCUGGACUUCAGCCCUAUUCGCACACCGGGUGGUCCCGCUGUCACCCCACGGCAUGACUACACCACGUUUAGUUUCAACAGCACUCCCUUUAAAGACUGGCCUCUGUUUAGCUCCCCCAGAGAGCUGCUCACGUCUGCUCCCCCCCGAGCAACCAGACCAACAGACUCUCCCAUCGAAUGCCUUCAAAGCAGCUUCUCCAGAGAGCUGCUUCAGGCAGGAGGUGCCACACCCGCUAACCGCUCAAUCACAGAGGGCCUUGUCCUCGAUACCAUGAACGACAGCCUGAGUAAGAUACUAGUGGACAUCAGCUUCUCUGGUUUGGAUGAUGACGACCUAGGUAUGGCUAACAUCAGCUGGUCCGAGUUCAUCCCACAGUUUAAGUAGCCUGAGGGCCAAAACACAUUUCGUUUUAUUUAUGUUUUCGAUUGAAGGCAGUUUCAUAUGUUUUCCAGAACACUAUGGUUGGGAAAGCCCACACAGAAACGGCAAAGCAGGUGCAAAUCUAGGAAAAAUUGAAAUUGAAAUUUACUGUGGAAAUUUUCAGAUUUGGGGACUGUAACAACUGGGUUAAAAGAAACAUUAUAUUGUUUCAUGAUGAUCACUGAAAUUAUUCAACCUGAGACUGAGACACAAAGUACAAGUAAAUGUAGAUAACAUAGUAAGGCAAGUCACAAAUAUGAAGCAUACUCUCUGAUUUGUCUCGGAGAUAAAUAUUAAAUAACUGACUUGUACAUGGAUUAAAGGUAGAAUCCAAAAUGUUUUAUAAUUUAAUAUAUUUUUCUGUCCAUCUGGUAGAAAGUGACAGAGCGCCAAGAAAAAUACUUUUACUGUGGUUGUCUGGUUCACAGAAGCAAAUUUCUUCUCCUCAGUAGUCGAUUGAUCAGUACUCAUAUUCACUGCUUAAAAACACCAAAAUGAAACUUAACAAAAGCAACACUAGAUGCUUUCGUAGUUUGAAUGUGCUUAAAUUUGCGAAUUGUAGCUGUAAUAUAAAGGAUGUAACCUUCCAUUUGAUUUCCGUAGUCUUUCAUAUGAGCCUUUUAAUACCUUUAAUGUUCAAGUAUAUUCCAGCCUCAUAUGAUUUGCUUUCUUUUGCAUCUGCUUUGCUUUGUUGGGAUGUUUUUGACUGCCGGAAAUUAAGUAACUUUUUUUUUUUUUUUUAAAAGAAUGACAGGGACACUUUAAUUUUAAUGACCAGGUCAAAUUAGCAAGCUGCUCAUGUGUCGCUACUCACAUUGGAUGUUUCUCUCCACCUCUGACUUACAUUUUUUCAUUGGCUGCAUCACUGCUGAACAGCCUCAGUGUCACUCUUAUUUCUGUCUGUAAAACUUUACACAUGGUCCUGUUUUCUUUUAUCAUCUGUCCUACCUGUCACAUCCUUUCUGUACUCUUGAAGGAAUCGCGAAAGAAAAGAAAUGUGUCUAAGUGUAUAUGUACGUUGAUUUGCACAUUUUUAAUAUAUAAUUUAGCUUUUACAUGUAAAUGGUAAGACAUUAUAUUGCCCGAUCAGCCAGUGAGAUGCUUAAGUGCCAUUUGGUGCAGUCAGCUUCCUGGAAUCAACUUUUAGACUUUUAGAUUGUGAAGCAGGAUUGUUAGCAAUAAAGAAAUGGAUAAGUAAUACAGAUAGCACUAACAGCAAUAGGAUUGUUAUGUUAUAUAAUUGUUAUGUUUAUUGUAAAACUCUUCAUCACAGUAAUUGUUCUUCAGUUUGCCAGUAUCAACUUCAGGGCACUUUGUACCUGAGAGAGGGACAUUUUGCAUGCCGUCAGCACAACAUUUUGCAUCGUCUUUUGGAAACCAAAUGCUUGAUAUUUUGUAUCUAUCUAGCACAGAUUGUAUUUGUUUUCAGUGAGAAUUCAUACUGCCUUUUUUUUUUUUUGUCCUGAAGCGCAAUCAGGAAAACAGGGGAAAAUGUUUUGCAGAACAGUGUUUGCAGCACCAUCUUUGGAGGAUUGAAUGAGAUGUGAACCCAUUUUUUGACGACGCCUCAAAAUAAUGUAGGUUUGACAGCACGUGUGUUCGUGCAUGAGCAUUGUUACACUGCAGUAGCUUGAUCUGUUUACAGUUGGUGCUGAAUGGUAGAGAAGAGUGGAAUGUUGUGGCUUCUGGCAAAUAGCUUUCACAACAUGUGCCUUGUUGGUGUUUCUAUGACUGUACAAUAAAACUGUUGGUGUUGGUGCCUCAUCUGCCUCGAUCAGCUCACAUUUAAUCAGUGUAAAUAAGGUGCAAUUUCUACAACCUCAACACAA